AUGGAGAAACUCAUCGAGCUCUCCGACCACGAAAUCCGCAUCGACUUCGCAUUGGACUGCAAAUGCCGCACCACCAUCCGCCUCAAAUCCCUCAUCUACAACGCCCCUCUCGCCUUCAAGGUCCAGACCUCCUCCCCCAACAAGUUCCUGGUCAACCCGCCGACCGGACUCGUCCCUCCCCUUUCCUCCGCCACCUUCCAGGUCGUCCUCAAGCCCCAGGCCCACCCACCUUCCGAAUUCCCCCGCUCCCCCGCCGACCGCUUCCUCCUCAGAACCGCCGCCGCGCCGGACCUCGCCCCCGACUCGCCCGAGUCGACCCGGCCCGAGCUCCUCAGCCGGUGGUUCAACUCCGACCCCCACCGCCGGACCUUCGACGUCAAGCUCAGGGUCUACUUCGUGGGCCCCUUCCUCCUCGCACGUGCCGUCGACGCUGGGCAUUUCGAGGCGGUGAGGGGAAUCGUCAAGAGGCAGAGCUCGAUGGUUGCCGAGUUUCCGGGUCGGGAGGCCGAGUCGCUGUACCGAGCGGCGGCUCGGUUCCCGGACAUUCUGAGUUUGCUCCUGGAGGCGGGCCUGAGGGCCGACGUGCGACCGGAGGAGCUGCGGUCUGCGGCGGACGAGACCACGGACCGGCAAACGGCGUUUGGGGCGGCAGCGAACGGUGACCGUUGGAUGGUGGAGAUUCUCCUCGGGGCCGGCGCGGGCCCCGCUGUUGUUGACGUGGGUGGCUACCGUCCAGCCGCUGGUGUUGCUCGAGAUAAGGGCCACACUGACGUGGUCAAAUACGUCGAUCGAGGCAGACAAUUACUCGAUGCAGCCCGACAUGGACAUCUCGACACCCUUAAAUCCCUACUCGGGACAGGCGUAUCAGCAAACUCGACCGACAACAACGGCCUGACGCCACUCCACGUGGCAGCUAUCAAGGGGAAUGGAGAGGCGAUCAAUACGCUCGUCAGGUCAGGCGCCAACAUGGACCCCACUGAUGCCGAGGGCCACACGCCCCUCCACCUAGCAGUCCAGGGUGGAUUGACCGACACCGUUCGUAUCCUUCUAGAAAGAGGGGCCGAUGCUAAUGCUAGGACCAAUAGAGGCGCGACACCUGUUCGAAUCGCCCGGUUGAUGGGCCACGACGAUAUCGAGCGACUUUUGGUGGCCAAUGGGGCAUCUUCAUGA